AUGAACCAAUCUAGUGUAAAUCUUCUUGAUCUACCUAAUGAAAUAUUAUUUAAUAUUUUGAAGAAACUUGAGAAUACUGACGUUCUUUAUUCAUUAUUCGAUAUCAAUAAUGAACAACUUGAUAAUAUAGUACAAGAGGAAACUUUUUCUAAUACAUUAAAUUUUGCAUUAACUGUUCAUAACACUACAAUCAUUGAUUCAGUACUUGAUCGAUUUUGUAAUUAUAUAUUACCUCAAAUUCAUUACAAUGUGAAAUGUCUCAUUGUUGCACCAGCGCCUAUCAAACGUAUUCUUAUUGCUACUCACUAUCCAAGCUUGACUGAAUUGAAACUUUUAGAUUUUCAACGCAAUAGCUCAUUACGUUAUUUCACAGAUGAUUCACCUUUUCGACAUAUCUUCAAACAGCAGAUUACAAAACUUGAUCUUAUCAACGAAGAUUCGAAGCGUGCUAUAGAAUCAUUGAUAGAUUAUACGAAAAGAGUGUAUGGACCUAUUUUGACCUACUUCGAAAAUCUCGAGCAUUUAAACGAUAUUCAGACAUCGAUUCGUGCAUAUCCAGGCUUAGCCAUUCGAUAUUUAUCAUCAAGUGCUUUUUCUUCUUUAACUCUUACUUAUUUAUGUAUUAAUAUGGGAACUUUAACUGAUUGUCUUUGUUUAAUUGAUGGUCGUCUCAAACAACUGACUACAUUUAUUGUUCGAAUUUAUUAUAUGGAUAUAGAUUCAUCAAUUAAUCAGAACAUGGAUGAUCUACCUCAUUUGAAGUGUUUUGCAUUAAUACAUUAUGGUUUAAUUAAAGAAUAUGAUAAUAAUUUUGUACUUGGAGAAAUUAACUUUAUAUUUGUGUAUCGCCUAUCAAGAUGGAUUCAUUGA